AUGAAGGGGGGCCACGCCGCGCGACGUCACAUCAUUGCCAUGGGCCACACUGACCUCUCCUCCAUCCCCAACGUCGGCGUCAACGGACAUCGCCUGUGGCUUGCGUCGGCGCUGCUGUGGCAUCCGCCUGCUUCCCUUCCGGGUGGGGCACAUCUGCGUCUGCUGGGUCCCAACGUUCCUCUCGUACUCACGACCGCCCGCAUACACAAAAGUACGGCAGGCAGGAUGCAGGCCGUUCGAGAGGGCAUGACUCCCGCGGAUGCACGGAUGCCCAUCGGGACGCCGGCGGAGAUGGUAAUCGGAAGGACCGGGGAGGUAGUCACCAAACUGCCGGGGGAGAGGCUCGUGGCAGCCACGGACCUACUCGUCUCUCCUACUAUGGUGAAGCGUUUCUUGGAGACGAAGGACAAGUCAGGGCCCUCGGCAUACCGUCGGCUGCUCCAGCUGCUCACGGACGAGUGGGAACCGAAACGUUUCAACCGGGGCAUCGACAAGCUGCAGGAUUUUGGUGUGCCCAACGGCACGCCGUACAGCAAAUUCGUUACGAAGUUUAAGGCGUUGGCAAUGUCGGAGAUAGCCUCGCACAGAGCUUUUGCGCCGGAUCUGCGCAUGGUACAGCGUGCGCUUCGGGACGCUUUGUUGGAACAGUAUCCGAAUGUUCUCUCGUCUUUGCCGUUGAAGGAUAAGAUUCUCCACAACGUAGUGUUUAGUGAUCAGGAUGAGCUUUGGGAUGCUUUGUCUUCGGAGGAAGCACUAAAACAUUCGCCCGCUUGCAAUGGCGACCGCUAUUCUACCACUGUCACUUCUGGGUUUUCAUCGGCGCCUACACGAGCCAUGACCGCGACCGUGGGGCAGCAGCGGCCGCCACCGCCGUCGCCGCUGCAGCCGUCCGCGUGGUCGCCGGGACCACAAUUUCCCGCCGGGGUGAUGGCCUUCGACCCUGUGCCGUCCGAUAACACAUAUCCCUUCGAACAGGACUACGACUGCUGGCCGUUGCGUGGUCACUACGGCUUUGUGUACAGCGUCGUGGCCCCUGUUUUUGAUGGAAAUCAGGAAUAUUACAAAGAUGAGGUUUUCCUCUUUUGGAAACCGCCGCCCUUUCUGUCUAAUUGGACGCCCUACUAUGCCAUAAUCAUGGCUACUUCCGACCCGAGGGAACACAAGUCCCUUGGUCGCAAGGUACACCGUUUUGACCAUGCCCUCUGGGAGCUCCGACGCGAGGAUGUUGUCUUUUCGAUGUUAUAUGCAAAAUUCGCCCAAAAUGCUGACGCGCGCGAACGUUUGUUGGCUACGGGUGACAGACAGAUAGCGAAAGCUAGCCCUUAUGACGGAUUGUGGGGCAUCGGUGUUGAUGCCUUCGAUCCGCGUGUGGCGUCGCCCUCCACGUGGACUGGUAAAAACCUCUCGGGCAAAGCGCUUGUUGCGACGCGCACGCUUCUGCGUGUGCGACCGGUUGAACCCGAUAAGCCUUUACGCCCUGAACACUCGGGGCAAUCUGCCCCCGUGUGUCCCACUAUACACGAAAUUGCACCCCCGGGGGAGGAUUCUUCAGCUGACGAUCCCCCUUACGAGGACGCGCGUGGCUUCUUGGGCGUGCCAGCGAACACGCCCUCGGACCACUCGAAACAGGUGCUGUACAUUGCCUCUGCUGCUUUUCGCAAAGCCGCCGCUUCCCCACCGCCGCUGUUGGCGGAACACGGUCCAGAUUUGNACGAGGACGCGCGUGGCUUCUUGGGCGUGCCAGCGAACACGCCCUCGGACCACUCGAAACAGGUGCUGUACAUUGCCUCUGCUGCUUUUCGCAAAGCCGCCGCUUCCCCACCGCCGCUGUUGGCGGAACACGGUCCAGAUUUGGUGAGCGACCGUUUCAGUCGACGGGCGGAUAUGAAUGCCACUACCAAGGCGGAAUUUACCGCUAAGCGAACGGCCAACACUUUCGACAACCGCUACAUGACGUUGUGGGGUUGUCCGGUGACUCAUCUUUCGGAUAACGGCAUGCAAUUUUGUUCCAAGCUGUCCAUGGCUAUUUACGAGCUGAUGGACAUCAGGAAAGUCACCACCAGUUCGUACCACCCCCAAACUAACGGUGGGGCGGAGCGUGUUAACCACACCAUGGCUCUGGUAACGCUAGUCAGCGCGUACAAGGGAACCGAGCUUAUCGUAAUGCUCGGAUAG